UGGCUCUAAUUUACUUGAUGAUGAUCCAUACCAAGUCUUCUUUUCUCUCUUAGAGCAUGUUCAUUUUGGCCGAGCUGCAAGACGUGGUGAGGAUAGAGCCGCGAUGGUUCUCCAAGGACACUGGACAAGAGAUCGCGGAUGAGCUCAACAGAAAGUUUGCAAACAAAGUGCUGCACAAUGUAGGACUGUGUAUUGUCCUUCAUGACAUCACACACGUUGGUGAUGCCUACAUAUUCCCUGGCGACGGUGCAUCCCACACUAAAGUGCGUUUCCGGUUUGUUGUGUUUCGUCCCUUUGUGAAUGAAGUGCUACUUGGCAAGAUCAGAAGUUGCAGUCAAGAUGGAGUGAGAGUGUCUCUUGGCUUCUUUGACGACAUUCUAAUACCCUACCAUAGCCUUCAGCAUCCAAACAGAUUCGACCCCAAGGAGCAGCUGUGGGUGUGGGAGUACGAGAGUGAGGGGGAGAAACAUGACAUGUUCAUGGAUAUCGAUGAGGAGAUUAGGUUCAGAGUUGUGGAGGAGGUCUUCGUCGACACUUCACCGACCAGUUGCCAACCCAAGUCCCCAGAGUCUCCCUCUGAGGCUGCCACCAACGGACAGAUAGACUCUCCUGACCCAGUCCCCUACACUGUUCGAGGAUCUGCUAGCGAGAGUGGGCUGGGGCUACUCAGCUGGUGGGGAGGAGGGUAACCUCAGCACAGUCUUAGGAGUCAGCUUCAACUGAACAUUUUCAUAUCAUCAUAAUUAAUAAUGCAUGCUAUGUUUUUAUGUGAAAGUUGUUAUUUGAAAAUGACAUAAAGGUUUUCUGUCA